AUGCGCUUCUCCGACGCAGCCCUCCUACUCGGCGCCGCGCUCGCCAUCCCGCUCGCGACAGCCAUCCCGAUCCAGGAUAGCCCCCGCCAAAGGCUGCUGGACGGCCAUGGGCUGCCGGCCAAGUACCGCAAGAGCAAGGCGGCGCCGGCGCCGGCGCCGCCGUACACGCCAGGCUACCGAGACCCGUACGACUCGGCCGUAGACGCCACUGGCAAGCACCUCAACCCGCUGCCAUACCGAAAUGGGCUCGGCGCGUCGGUGCUGGGCCCGUGGAACAAGGCGCGCGCCCGCGAGGACCCGGAUCUCGUCCGCCCGCCCUCUACAGACCACGGCAACAUGCCCAACUUGCGAUGGAGCUUUGUGGACUCGCACAUCAGGAUUGAGGAGGGCGGAUGGACCCGGCAGACGACCAUGAGAGAACUGCCGGCCAGCAUCGAGCUGGCAGGCGUCAACAUGCGACUCGACAAGGACGUGAUCCGCGAGCUCCACUGGCACAAGGAAGCCGAAUGGGGAUAUGUCCUGGCUGGCGAGGUCCGGGUGACAGCGCUGGACUACGAGGGCGGCAACUUCAUCGACGAUUUGGGACAGGGGGACCUGUGGUAUUUCCCUUCCGGCAUGCCUCACUCGCUGCAAGGGCUCGGCGAGAACGGGACUGAGUUCCUGCUCAUCUUCGACGACGGGAACUUCUCGGAGGAGUCGACUUUUUUGCUGACAGACUGGCUAGCGCACACGCCAAAGUCCGUCAUCUCGGAGAACUUCGACCUGCCGCCCGAGAUCUUCGCCCACAUCCCGCAGUCGGAGAAAUACAUCUUCAAAGGGUCGCAGCCGGGGAGUAUUGCCGAAGAGCGUCCGCACGGCAAGUACGUCAAGAAGUCCAAGUCCCAGUUCACGCACCGCAUGCUAGAGCAAGAGCCGCGCAUUACGACGGGCGGCAAGGUGCGUGUGACCGACUCGCGCAACUUCCCCAUCUCCAAGACGGUAGCGGCCGCUCACUUGGACAUAAACCCCGGCGCAAUUCGCGAGAUGCAUUGGCAUCCCAACGCUGACGAAUGGUCGUUCUUCAUCCGAGGCCGAGCGCGUGUGACCGUGUUCGCGGCCGAGGGCACCGCGAGGACAUUUGACUACCAGGCCGGCGAUGUCGGCGUUGUGCCUCGGAACAUGGGGCACUUCAUCGAGAACAUUGGCGACGAGCCGCUCGAGGUGCUCGAGCUCUUCCGCGCUGACGAGUUUCGCGACUUCUCGCUAUUCCAAUGGCUCGGUGAAACGCCUCAAAGGAUGGUCGUAGACACACUAUUCCAGAACGACAAGGCAGAUGGCGAGCGCUUCCUAAAAGAGAUUAAAAACGCCCAAAAGGACGAAAUUCGAGCGGGAAAAUCCGAGGAAGAGACUGACUUGUGA